UAUAUAUAUAUACAGUAUAAGAAGAAAAAGGUGCUGCAUUGUUUUGGUCCAGACUUGAAGAAUGGCUGCCACUUUAUCAGCAGAGGAAGAGCAGGCAACCAAGCAGUUCCUGGAGGAGAUCAAUAAAUGGACAAGUCAGCAUGGUGUCUCCCCGCUGACCUGGGAUGUGGCUGUGAAGUUCCUCAUGGCACGCAAGUUUGAUGUCCUCCGAGCCAUAGAGCUCUUCCACAGCUACAGGGAGACACGUCUGAGGGAGGGUAUCGUCAAACUUCAGCCUCAAGAAGAACCACUGCGCUCUGAACUACUCAGCGGCAAGUUUACUAUAUUGGGUGUAAGAGACCCAACAGGUGCAUCCAUAGCUCUGUACACAGCUAAGCUGCACCACCCGAAUAAAACAGGAAACCACGUGGUGCUACAGUCUCUCUUCUACCUGCUGGACCGAGCAGUUGAGAGUUUUGAAACUCAGAGGAACGGCCUUGUGUUCAUCUAUGACAUGGCGGGAUCCAACUACACCAAUUUUGAGCUGGACCUGAGCAAGAAGAUCCUCAACCUGCUCAAGGGUGCGUUUCCUGCCCGACUGAAGAAGGUGUUUAUAGUUGGGGCCCCAGUUUGGUUCAGAGUUCCUUACAACCUGCUGAGUCUGCUGCUAAAGGAGAAACUCCGAGAACGGGUCCAGAUGGUGAAAAUGACAGACCUGCGACAGCACCUUCCCAGAGACUGCCUGCCCGAGCACCUGGGUGGUUGCUUGCCUCUGGAUGUACACGGCUGGAACCAGAGGCUGCUGGCCGAGCAGAAUGGGCGCGUGGACCCGGUCGACGAGCUGCUCGGUAUUCCGCUCAGCUCCUCGGCGGUGCACACGCCAGGCCCCGACGCCAUGCGGCUACCUGAGUUUGCAGCUCAUGUGGCGCAAGCACAGCGCGGUGGAAUUUACCAUGAAUAUGACGACAUCCGAAGGGAGCCGCCUCCUGGAACCUUUCUCUGUGCGCUGGCUACCUACAACCAGGAGAGGAAUCGCUACGGUGAUGUUCUGUGUCUCGACCAAACCCGUGUACGUCUAAAAGGCAGGAGAAAUGAGAGGUCGGACUACAUCAAUGCCAGCUUCAUGGAUGGCUACAAACAGAAGAAUGCCUACAUUGGAACCCAAGGGCCUUUGGAAAAAACCUAUGGAGAUUUUUGGACAAUGGUGUGGGAGCAAAAUGUGCUAGUCAUCGUCAUGACGACAAGGACGGAGGAGGGCGGCAGAAGAAAGUGUGGACAGUACUGGCCGCUGCAGGAAGGGGGUCAGGAGGUGUACGGACACAUAGCUGUGGUCAACCAGAGAGUGGACAAUCACUCGCAUUACAAUCAGACUUUUCUGGAGCUGCAUAACACAGAGACCUGUGAGCAGAGGCAGGUAAGCCACUUCCAGUUCCUGAGCUGGCCUGACUAUGGCGUUCCUUCAUCAGCUCUGUCUCUGCUCGACUUCCUGAGCACGGUGAAGAGGCAGCAGAAAACAGCAGUGAAGGCUCUGGGCUCACAAUGGAGGGGUCAUCAUCAGGGUCCACCUAUGGUUGUCCACUGCAGUGCUGGCAUCGGCAGGACUGGUACAUUCUGUGCUUUGGAUAUCUGUUUGUCGCAGCUGCAUGAGGUCGGAACACUGAACGUUUGCCAGACGGUGAGGCGCAUGAGAACACAGCGUGCCUUCAGCAUCCAAACACCGGAACAGUAUUAUUUCUGCCACACUGCCAUUCUCGAGCAUGCCCAGCGACAUGGACUGCUCUCUACCAACCAGUGAGAACCAGUCAGCUUUUUGUGUAGAAGCAAGAGCGGAGACUGCUCUUAGCCAAUCAGUGGGUCAGUGGCUGACGGACUGAAUGGUUCCCCUUGGCCAUGGAUCUCUUUGUUGUACUGACAUUCACUCCAGACGCAGUAUUCAAGUCCUAAAAAUGUAUGAUGUGUAAGAAGUGCCAGAAAGUAGGCAACGCAGUCGACCAUGAGGCCUACAUCUCUGCUGGAUCUAGCUGAAGCCUGAAAGAGGUCGCUGUGUCAUCGCCAAUCAGUCAUGCUGUUCACAUUGUGCUCGAAUGUUCGUGUGUUUUUAAUUAGCAGUAAGUGUAGUGUUUGAGACUAACUGCACAGGUCACAUUAGAGGAAUUGAAUGUCAGUAGAACUGCUCAUCAGAUUUUAAUUGACCCUCAGAUGACUGCCAUGCCUAAAUUAUUCUCGUUUCUCAUUCAGGCAGCUUAUGUUUAAUUAUUGCU